AUGAAGGUCUUCCUUGUCCUAGCUUUGGCGACUCUUGCCUACGCGAACGUAGAACCCGCCCUUGACGGUAACACCGCGUUUGGCUACAUCCAGAAAUAUGCCAUCCCAUUGGCAGAAGAGAUCCGCAAAGCUGAGGAACAGAUGAGCCAGCAAAGAAUUGUUGGUGGAUCCCCAUCUAGUGAGGGUCAAUUCCCCUACCAGGCUGGUCUUCUCGCUUCCUACGCUGGUAUCUCUGGCACCGGUGUGUGCGGAGGUUCCCUCGUCAGUGCAAACAGAGUGAUCACUGCUGCCCACUGUUGGUUUGAUGGUGUGAACCAGGCUUGGCUUUUCAACGUCGUUCUUGGUUCCAACACACUCUUCUUUGGCGGCACCAGGAUUGAAACCAGCGCUGUCAUCCUUCACCCCAACUGGCAGCCACUGCUUGCCCGCAACGACGUUGGUGUUAUCUACCUACCUAUCUCAGUUCAAUUCUCAGACUCCAUCAAGCCCAUUGCUCUGCCAUCUGGUGAUCAACUGAACAAUAACUUCGUCGGUGCCACCGCCGUUGCUUCUGGUUUCGGUUUGACCCGUGACGAUGGAUCUAUCUCAACCAACCAGUACCUGAGCCACGUUAGCUUGAACGUUAUCUCCAACAACGUUUGCUCCUACGCCUUCCCCCUGAUCUUGCAAUCCUCUAACAUCUGCACCAGCGGUCUCGGUGGUUCCAGCACCUGCAGGGGUGACUCUGGUGGCCCUCUGGCUGUUACUAUUAACAACGAGCCUGUCUUGAUUGGUGUUACCUCCUUCGGAUCCGCUCUUGGUUGCCAAGCUAGCUUGCCUGCAGCUUUUGCCCGUGUCACAUCUUUCGUCGACUUCUUCAACCAACACAUAUAA